AUGGCCACAGCCCCAGGCCCUGCUGGCAUUGCCAUGGGCAGCGUGGGCAGCCUGUUGGAACGGCAGGACAUUUCCCCGGAAGAGCUACGGGCGGCGCUCGCAGGGUCUCGGGGCUCCCGGCAGCCUGAUGGGCUCCUCCGGAAAGGCUUGGGCCAGCGCGAGCUCCUCAGCUACCUGCACCUUCCCAAGAAGGAUGGCAAGACCACCAAGCGGGCCCCUCGGAAUGAGCCUGCCGACUAUGCCACCUUCUACUACCGGGAGCACUCUCGGGCUGGUGACUUCAGCAAGACCUCGCUGCCUGAACGGGGGCGUUUUGACAAGUGUCGCAUUCGCCCAUCAGUAUUCAAGCCGGCCUCGGGCACCGGGAAAGGCUUCCUGUCCAUGCAGAGCCUGGCGGCCCACAAGGGCCAGAAGCUGUGGCGCAGCAAUGGCAGCCUGCACACGCUGGCCUGCCACCCGCCCCUGAGCCCCGGGCCCCGGGCCAGCCAGGCCCAGGCCCGUGCCCAGCUGCUGCACGCCCUCAGCCUGGAUGAGGGUGGCCCCGAGCCCGAGCCCAGUCUGUCUGAGUCCUCCAGCGGGGGCAGCUUUGGCCACAGUCCCAGCACUGGCCCCGGCCCCUUCAGCUCCUCCCUGGGCCACAUUAACCAUCUUGGGGGCUCCCUGGACCGGGCCUCACGGGGUUCCAAGGAGGUUGGGCCACUGUCUCUGCUGAACUGCCUGCCCGAACCACCACCCCCCUACGAAUUCUCCUGCCCCGCCGCUGAGGACAUGGUGGCUGUGAUGCCGGACACCUGUGAGGAGCUCAAGAGGGGCCUGGGUGAGGAGGAUGGCGCCAGUCCCUUCACACAGGUGCUGGAAGAGCGCCAGCGGCUGUGGCUGUCUGAGCUGAAGCGCCUCUACCUGGAGCGACUGCAAGAGGUGACCCAGAAGGCCGAGCGUAGUGAGCGCAACCUCCAGCUGCAGCUGUUCAUGGCCCAGCAGGAGCAGCGGCGCCUACGCAAGGAGCUGCUAGCACAGCGGGGCCUGGGCCCGGAGCCCCGGCCACCAGGCAGCCUCCCAGAGGCCGAUCCUAGUGCCCGAGCAGAGGAGGAAGCCCGCUGGGAGGUGUGCCAGAAAACAGCAGAGAUCAGCCUCCUGAAGCAGCAGCUGCGGGAAGCCCAGGCGGAACUGGCUCAGAAGCUAGCUGAGAUCUUCAGCCUGAAGACACAACUUCGGGGCAGCCGGGCACAGGCCCAGGCCCAGGAUGCAGAGCUGGCCCGGCUGCGGGAGGCCGUGCGGAGCCUGCAGGAGCAGGCCCCUCGGGAGGAGGCCCCAGGCAGCUGUGAGACUGAUGACUGCAAGAGCAGGGGGCUGCUGGGGGAGGCGGGAGGCGGUGAGGCCAGAGAUGGGGCUGAGAAGCUGCGGGCCGAGCUCCUGCAGGAGCGGCUCCGAGGCCAGGAGCAGGCGCUGCUCUUUGAGCAGGAGCGGCAGACGUGGCAGGAGGAAAAGGAGCGGGUGCUGCGCUACCAGCGGGAGAUCCAGGGCGGCUACAUGGACAUGUAUCGCCGCAACCAGGUGUUGGAACAGGAGCUGCGGGCGCUGCGGGAGCCCCCGGAGCCCUGGAGCCCUCGGCUUGAGUCCUCCAAGAUCUGA